AUGGCUUUGGAGAACUGCCUCAAUCCUACCAAAGAUGACAUCAAGAAGUUUUUCUCCUACAUCAACCUUCUCUUCUCUCUAGACUAUACAAAGUCCGACGUUUUCCUCAUAAUCGGCGGUGUUCUCUCUGCAAUUGCUGGCGGGGUUCCGUUUCCACUACUCGGGAUUGUCUUCGGUGAUUUGAUCAACGACCUCAAUUCGACCACCUGCUCUACUUCCGACAGCCCUUCGUCCGACUUGGCAUCAAGCGUACGCACCAAGGCCCUCUAUGUGGUCUACAUCACGAUAGCAAACUUCUUCAUCAUCUACACCUACACCUCAUGUUGGUGCCUGGUGAGUGAGCGGCUUGCGCGCCGCUAUCGUAGACGGUACUUCGAGAGUAUAAUCAAACAGGACAUGGAGUUCAUCGAGUCUCUGCCUCCUGGUGAUGUGAUAUCCCGAUUAGUUAGCGACAUCGAGACCGUCCAGACGGGAACAUCGGAGAAGGUUGGCCUGGUUAUUACAACGGUGUCAUACUUCGUGACCGCUUAUGUCGUGGCUUUUAUCAAGGUGCCUAGGAUUGCGGGUAUGUUGGUAUCGGUGGUUCCAUGCUUCCUUCUGAUGUCCCUGGUGGGCGGUCAUUUUAUCAAGAAGUAUGGGAGCCGUGUCACCGCCAACAUCAAUGCAGCUACAUCGAUCGCCUCGUCUAGUUUGUCGCAUCUGACCCUGGUCCAUGCUUUCAAUGCCAAUGACCGUCUGGAACAGCGAUUCGCCAGUUACCUUUCGCGAUCGUCCUUGGAUGCGCUCAAAAAGGCCGGAACUCACGCCGCACAGCUUGGAUGCUUAUACUUCGUUGCCUACUCCGCCAAUGCCCUGGCCUACUGGGAGGGUUCUCAGAUGAUCUCCAGGUCGUUAGCCCACGGCGACUCAGGCGUUUCUGUGGGUGCAGUCUAUACCGUUAUCUUCGUACUCAUCGAUGCCUCUUUCAUCCUGAGCCAGGUCGCGCCCUUUAUCCACGUCUUCGCCUCGGCAGCCGGUGCCUCAGAGCGGCUCUUGGCCGUGAUCAACCGCCCGUCCGUCAUUGAUGGAACUGGGGAUGAAGGCGACAAGACGGUUGCCUUUGGAGAAGAGAACAUCGAGUUCCAUGAUGUCCACUUCUCCUACCCAGCUCGCCCAGAUGUCCCUGUGCUUCAGGGAAUGAGCUUUGUCAUUCCGCCAAAGAAGCAUACGGCUAUUGUCGGACCCUCUGGCGGUGGAAAGUCAACCGUGGUGUCCCUCUUGGAACGGUUCUACGACCCUAAAUCAGGAGGGGUCACUGUAGGAGAAAAGAACCUCCGUGAUCUCAAUGUUCGGAACCUGCGUGGGAAUAUUGGAUUUGUUCAACAGGAACCAUCUUUGCUUGAUCGGACGAUCCUUGAAAAUAUCGCCUAUGGCCUGGUUGCCUCAGCCGCAGAGAGGCAUCAACGCCUGGCCCCGUUCAUUCUCGAUUCAAGCCUCCCAGACUUCGCUCAGAAGAUCAGGGAAGGCGCGUCAGAGAUCGUUACUCUUACCGAGUUCGAUAGCUGCGUAGCCGAAAUCUUGCAACUGGUGAGACAGGCGGCCUCGAACGCUAACGCCCUGAACUUCAUUGACGCCUUGCCUCACGGACUCGCAACCAACGUCGGAACGGCUGGAAACCAGCUUAGCGGAGGUCAGAAACAGCGCAUCGCGCUUGCUCGAGCUCUCGUACGGGAGCCAUCUUUGCUUAUCCUCGAUGAGGCUACGGCAGCUUUGGAUUCCACGAGCGAACAACUCAUCCAGGCGGCACUGGCCAAGGUCUCCAAACACGUCACUACCGUCUCCAUUGCACAUCGACUGGCUACUGCCAAAAGCGCGCAGAAAAUCAUUGUCGUUCAAACCGGGCGCGUCACAGAAGAAGGGUCUCAUUCGGACCUCGUAGCCCAAGGCGGUGUUUACGCUGAGAUGGUACGGCUUCAGAAUCUAGGGAAGUUGAGUGCCCAAGACCUUGACAUCCCAGAUGAUUCGAUAUUUGGCAGCACACCCGGGACAAGUACUGUCUUCGCAAGCAUGGGGCUCGACGAUGACAGGGACGAUGACAAGGAGCCUCUGGUAGGUGUCAGUGGCUCAGAUAUCACGGAGGACACGGUGUUUGGUGAUACACCUCCUGGAUCGAAGGACGGGAAGGAGGAUGGCAAAAAGAAGGGAAAGAAGCGUUCCAUUUGGUUUACUGUCCGGUACAUUUUGUCUCUCAUGCGAGCCAACAUGCUCUUGAUUUUGCUUGGUCUCUGUAUGUCCAUCAUCAUCGGUGGUAGCUACUCCGCUGAGGCGGUCGUCUUUGGUCAUACGGUCGGCAGUCUGAGUCCAUGCCGGUCCCCUGGCGCCAUCAGUGACAGCGGCAAUCUAUAUGGACUGCUGUUCUUUAUCCUUGCGCUGGUGGAGCUUACAGCGAACGUGGUGGGUGGCUGUGCCUUUGGCUGGGCCGCCGACAAGAUCUUGUAUCGCAUCCGAGUGUUGUCCCUGCGGUCCCUACUCCGUCAAACGGUGCAAUGGCACGGCAUGGAAGACCGGACGCCAGGAACUUUGAUCACCUACAUCACUGGCGAUGCUGCGUCGCUGAGCGGUAUCACCGGGACCACCAUCGGACUCCUUCUUGCCACCGCUGUGAACCUAGUAGCGGGUCUUACGAUCUCGUUUGCAAUUGCUUGGAAGAUCACCAUUGUCUUGUUUCCGACUAUCCCUGUGCUGCUGGUGGCGGGCAUAAUGAAGCUCCGGGUCCAAGCCAAGUUUGCCGAACGGCAUCAGAAAGCGUUUGCUCAGGCAACGGCCAUUACCGUCGAGGCCGUGGAAAACAUCCGCGCCGUCGCUGCCUUCUCCCUGGAAAAGCAAUCGCAUGAAGUCUUUAGCCGAGCCCUGCGCCGUCCCUACCGGGACACCAUGAAAGCGAUUGCACAUGGCAACGCCUGGCUGGCGUUGGCGUUCAGCAUCAGCAACUUCGUCUAUGCCCUCGCAUAUUGGUGGGGAUCGAAACAAGUCGCAUCAGGGUUGUACUCCCAAACCCAGUUUUUCAUCAUUUUGCCGGCCCUGCUCUUCAGUACGCAGUCUUGUGGGCAGAUGUUUGCCCUUGCUCCCGAUCUCUCCAAGGCGCGUCUGGCGUCAUCCAACAUUGCCGACCUGCUCACAACUUGUUCCGCGGAGGAGGAGCUGGCGCCGGAUUCCAUGCACGGCUUCCAGCCCUCGAGUGGCUUGCUCGAGGAGAAUGCGGUCGCACAGGAUGUUGAGGCCGCCGAGAGGCCAGCACGCAGGGCGCCCCGGCGGACGCACGGCAACGGCAUUGGCGCGCAGCUCCGCGGGGUGCAUUUCACUUACCCCAACCGGCCCGAACGCCCGGUUCUGCGGGGUCUCAACAUCGACAUCAAGCCUGGCCAGUUCUGUGCGCUGGUCGGGCCCAGUGGAUCGGGCAAGUCGACGACCUUUGCGAUGCUGGAGAGGUUCUACCGGCCCCUUUCCGGGUCGGUAAUCAUCGACGGGGUCGACGUGACGCGGCAGCUGGGCACCGAGUUCCGGGACGACAUCGCCCUGGUACCGCAAGAGAACGUUCUCUUCGAAGGCACCGUUGCCUUCAACAUCGGCCUAGGGGCCUGUCCGAGCCAUGAACCCACACAGGAGGAGAUCGAAGAGGCGUGUCGCAUGGCCAACAUCCACGACGUCAUUGUAGCGCUGCCGGAAGGAUACCAGACGAUGUGCAACCACGACGGCAGGCAGUUCUCCGGGGGACAGCGCCAGCGCCUGUCGAUUGCGCGGGCGCUCGUGCGCAAGCCGCGACUGCUGCUGCUGGACGAGUCGACGAGCGCGCUCGAUGUGGAGUCGGAGAAGAAGAUCCAAGAAGCCCUGGCGACGCUGGCGGGCCGCACGACGGUGGUCGCGAUCGCGCAUCGGCUGAACACCAUCCACCGGGCGGAUCAGAUCUAUCUGAUCGAAGAGGGUCGUUGUACGGAACAAGGCACCCAUCAGGAACUGAUCCAGCGCAGUGAGAUGUAUCGGACGAGCGUGCUUCACCAGUCGCUGGAGACGUGAGGCUCGAUGGUGGAAUGAAGGCUACACGCGGAGCGACCGCACAUAGGGGGGGAAGAAAGACCGGAGAAAGUCUCAAGGAUAACCCCUUGCUGGUAUUUUGUUGGGGAUCCGAGUUUAUUAUAUUUCUUGUUUCUAGUUGUUUGUUCCUUUUCUUUAUGACGAUUCCCCGGGAAGGGCUAUGGGAUAAAAGGGAGGUAGUACAUGAUAUUAAUAAUGUUUGAUGGUGUUGGUGUUGGUUUUGG